AUGGCUAAGGCCAGGAGGUCCAUCUUGACUGGUCUUCAGAGCUUCCUGUGUUUCAUCACACUGGACAUGCUUGGUUCUAUUCAAGACUGUACUGUUCAACAUACGAAGCUAACAGAGUAUGUUGAUUGGUUCAUGGCCCUCCCUGAACUAAUGGCAUUUAUUGCCAUUAUUAUCUUGCGGGGGCUGACCAAGGUUCCAUCAUUGAGUGACUGCUGGUCAGCAAACCUGGGAAACCCCCAGAUCAUUGCAACUAUGUCCCGAAAUCGCUUCAAAGACAUUAUGCGACACCUAUGCUUUGAUGAUAGGGACACCCGCAGUGAGCGCACAAAGACUGACAAGUUAACUGCAAUUUCUGCCAUGUGGUCGUCAUUUGUCACCAACUGCAUCACAUCCUACAACUCUGGCCGACACAUCACCACUGACGAACAGCUUUUCCUGUCAAAGACUCGCUGCUGUUUCCUGCAGUACGUUGCAACGAAACCUGACAAGUUUGGGAUCAAGUUUUGGGUGGCUUGUGACUUGAAAUCCAAGUACAUCUGCAAUGUCCUCCCAUAUCUUUGCAAGGACCCCAGUCGUCCCAGUGGGGAGAGACUGUCCGAGAACGUAGUUUUGAGGCUGAUGGAACCAUUCCUGGACAAGCGCAAGAAUGGAACCACAGACAAUUUCUUCACAUUGAUGUCACUUGCGCAACCACUGCUUAGGUGGAAAACCACCAUCCUAGGCACAGUCAACAAGAUUCACUGGGAAAUUCCACAAUCAUCUAGACAGAGGGCCUGCAAUGAAUUCACAACUCAAGUGUUUUAA